CCGGCACCAGCUAAUCCACACAGGAGGGACUUACGGACACAGCCCGGGCUCUCAUUGAUGGCGAGGCGGGACGGGAGCUGAACUGAUCCGAGCUUGUUUUUUAACUCCAUCCGAGUUAUUCUCCUCUCCCAUCACGUUUUUUUUCCCUUCCACGCGCUUUGCCGCAAAACCAAAAGUUCAUGCAAAAGUUCGAGCAUCCGUGGAAAUGUUUAGUUUCUCCGGGAGACGGAGGUUGCUAAUGGGGUCUGUCUCUCCUCUUCAUCUCCCGAGGACAGCCGCGCAGUGAGGCGGCUGAAUGGACGACAUGUCCCCGCAGCAGCAGCAGCAGGACGGCCUCAGCAAGGGCGGCGGGCAGCCGGACCACAAACGGCGAAUGAGGUUUCAGAGCUACCGGCGUCAGUCCGCCCCGUCGCUGGUCAUCACCAAGGCUCUGACCAGGUCCAAGACUCUCUCCAGGGAGAGCUUCCUGGUUCCUGUGUGUCCGGAGUCCUGCCCGCUGGUCCAGUCCCUCCUGAGCGGCUCCGGCCGGGUCUUCCUGCUGCACGGCCACGCCCAGCUGAAGACCGGCAUGCAGACCCAGGACAGACACCUCUUCCUGUUCAGCGACAUCCUGGUCGUCGCCAAGGCCAAGUCAGCUAACCACUUUAAGCAGAAGGCGCAGGUGCGUGUGUGUGAGAUGUGGACGGCCGGCUGCCUGGACGAGGUGUGUGAGGGCAGCACCCCCCCCGAACGGGGAUUCGUCAUGGGCUGGCCCACCUGGAACUGCGUGGCCGUGUUCAGCUCGUCGGAGCAGAAGGAGAGGUGGCUCUCCCUCCUGAAGAGUCGCAUACGGGAGGAGAAAGAGAGCGAGGAGCCUAAAACCAUCCCCCUGAGGGUGUACGGGAAGGGGAUCAACAGCUUUGCUGUGACCAAGACGCUUCCUGUCAGCAACUCGGACUGCACCAAUGAGGUGAUCCGGCUGGCCCUGCAGCAGUUCGGCAUCAUAGUGAGUACUCAGACAGGGGUCCUGCCCAGAUUCCAGGAGAGCUUCCUGGUUCCUGUGUGUCCGGAGUCCUGCCCGCUGGUCCAGUCCCUCCUGAGCGGCUCCGGCCGGGCCUUCCUGCUGCACGGCCACGCCCAGCUCAAGACCGGCAUGCAGACCCAGGACAGACACCUCUUCCUGUUCAGCGACAUCCUGGUCGUCGCCAAGGCCAAGUCGGCUAACCACUUUAAGCAGAAGGCGCAGGUGCGUGUGUGUGAGAUGUGGACGGCCGGCUGCCUGGACGAGGUGUGUGAGGGCAGCACCCCCCCCGAACGGGGAUUCGUCAUGGGCUGGCCCACCUGGAACUGCGUGGCCGUGUUCAGCUCGUCGGAGCAGAAGGAGAGGUGGCUCUCCCUCCUGAAGAGUCGCAUACGGGAGGAGAAAGAGAGCGAGGAGCCUAAAACCAUCCCCCUGAGGGUGUACGGGAAGGGGAUCAACAGCUUCGCUGUGACCAAGACGCUUCCUGUCAGCAACUCGGACUGCACCAAUGAGGUGAUCCGGCUGGCCCUGCAGCAGUUCGGCAUCAUAGGCACCUGUGGAGACGGCCACAGACGGGAGGAAUCCUCCUCCAGACAGAGCUCCUCCCCGGCAAACGCAGCCAAGGACGAGCAGCCGUUUAAACCGAAGUAA